UCCGGAAGCGCCUUUGGACCCAACGUAAACAGUAAGCUGUGUUUUGGUGAAAGCAGCGGCGUUUUCAUUAAAAUUCAGUCAUGGGGAAGUCUUUCGCUAAUUUUAUGUGUAAGAAGGAUUUUCACCCAGCGUCAAAAUCCAAUAUAAAGAAGGUAUGGAUAGCAGAACAGAAAUUAAGCUUCGAGAAGAAGAAGCAGGAAGACCUGAUGCAGGCUUACGUGAAAGAGCAGGAGACCUACAACAACAGGCUGCUAAUGGGUGAUGAUAGAGUGAAGAAUGGUCUUAAUUUCAUGUAUGAAGCUCCUCCUGGUGCAUCUAAAGAGGAGACCAAAGAGGAAGGAGAAGCUGAAUAUAAGUUUGAGUGGCAGAAGGUUGCUCCUCGUGAGAAAUAUGCAAAGGAUGACAUGAACAUCAGAGAUCAGCCUUUUGGGAUCCAGGUGCGAAAUGUGCGAUGUAUCAAGUGUCAUAAGUGGGGUCAUGUGAACACAGACAGAGAGUGUCCUCUCUUUGGCCUGUCAGGCAUCAAUGCUAGCUCUAUGGCAAGUGAUGAAGCAGGCCCGUCGAUGCACCCCUCCGAGUUAAUGGCAGAGAUGCGGAACAGUGGGUUUGCGCUGAAGAAAUGUGUCCUUGGGAGGAACGCCACUGUUUGUGAUCCAGCACAGGAAUUUGUGGCUAGUGAGGAAGAGGAGGAUCCUGAAGUCGAGUUCCUUAAAUCUUUAACCACAAAGCAGAAACAGAAGCUCCUCAGAAAACUUGACCGCCUAGAGAAGAAAAAGGACAAGAAGAAGAGCAAAAAGGAGAAAAAGAAAAGUAAACAUAUGCAGAAGAAAAAGACGAACGACAGUUCCUCGAGCAGCACCUCCGACAGUUCCAGCAGCUCUGACUCUGAUUCAGAGAAUGAAAAACACAAAGUGAAGAAAGAGAAGAAGAAGAAAAAGAGGAGAAAGAAGGACUCAUCCAGUGAGAGCAGCUCUGAUGGCGAGAGUAAGGGACGAGGCAGAGAAAAAUACAAAGAGCCAUGCAAUAGAAACCGCUCUCAUAGUCCUGAGGCCAAGCACAGAGAUAAUAAACAUACACAUACACAGUCAGACGAACAGGAUAGGAGAGCAGAAAAGGGUCAUAGGUCACCGCGUGGAAAUAACAUCAGAGAGAGAGAACGUAGGAAUAACGACAGAGACAAGAGCAGAAGCCUUCGGAGGAGAGGAAACGAAAGAGGGAAGGGUAAGGAGUGGCACAGGGAUGCAAACGGAACAAGCAGAGAGGAUGAGAGAAACAGGAGUCUGAGCAGGGAGAGAGGGAGGGAAAGCAGAGACAAGUGUAGGGACAGAGAUAAUGAAAGAGAAAAGGAAAGGAGUGUGAGUAGGGAUCGGGGUAGAAAUGAAGAAGGAAGGCAUCGAAGCUUGGACAAAGACAGCGAAGGGAGGAGGCCCGAGAGGAGCCGCAGCUUCGAGCGAAGUAGAGGUAGAAAAGAAAGAAGCAAAAGUCUUGAGAAAGAGAAGGAGAGGGAAAGAACCGAAAAAAGGAGGAGUAGAAAUAGGGACAGAGUGAGGGCUGGGAAAGAAAGGCACAGGAGUCGAAGCAGAGAUGAUGGGAAGAGACGAGAGAGAAGCAGAGAAAGAAAACACGAGCUGAAAUAGCUCUCGUCCUGCUGGUACAAUUCAUGCCAGUCCAUUUGUAUUUUACUGGGUACUUUUAUUGUAAGUCUUUUGGAGAUGGUUGUCAUGACCUUACUGCAAUGUUUAUUUUUUUUCUCUCAUAAAUUUUUCUCACCCUUUAAA